AUGCAGCACAUUGGAGCUCUCUUGUUGUCGCUUGCAGCUGCCGCAGCUGCGGUUCCUGCGGGAAACCUGCCGCGAGCCGCUUCUGCCUCUAACAGCGCCCCGUUCCAAAUCUACGCCUACGGCGAGGGAAUCGGUGGCCUUCCCCUAUUCUCUGCAGGAAGUGAUGCUUUCUUAGGCGAUUAUGCCAAGUUCAAUGACCCCAACGCAGCUCCCGUAACAUUCACUCCUACCAACAAUGCUUGGCAAGGGGCUCCGAAUACGACGGCUCUCAACUACACCGCCGCCCCCAACUGGUCCAACCUUACCUUCUCAAUUCCUACCGACGACGCCUCUGACCACAGCGUUGCUUUCCUCGGCUCCAACUCGACUGCUUCCGGCCGCCGGACCAGCGGUUUCCUUACCUACGGCAACGUCAUCUUUGUCUCGGGCGGAUCGGGCAACAUGGAGUCUAUGUGGUACGCUACGCCCAGCUCUGUCGACGGCAUCUACUCUCUCAAGUGGAACGCGACCGGCGACUCGAGCGAGGAUAAGAUCAUUCUUGCUCUGAAGAAGACGAUUCCUUCCACCGCCCUCUUCCCGGCAUUCCAGCAAGUCUAA